CACCGCUAGCAGCGAAACAGUGCGGACGUGUUUCAAGAUGGCUACCGUACCUCUCGUAGUAUUUAACAAUGGACAUACCUGCCCCAUUAUUGGCUUGGGCACGUGGAAGUCGAAACCAGGUGAAGUCACACAGGCUGUGAAGGAUGCUAUAGACAUUGGUUAUAGGCAUAUAGACUGCGCUCACAUCUAUGGCAAUGAAAAAGAAGUGGGGGAGGCCCUGAAGGUGAAAAUGGAAGAGGGGAAGAUUAAGAGAGAGGACAUUUUCAUCACGUCAAAGCUCUGGUGCACCUACCAUCGCCCCGACCUCGUGGAGGGAGCCUUGAAGACCACACUGGACAACCUAGGAUUGGACUAUCUGGACCUGUACCUCAUUCACUGGCCCCAGGCAUUCAAAGAAGGAGGCGAAGAAUUUCCCCUAGACGAAAACAACAAAGUGAUCCCAUCUCCUGUAGAUUAUAUAGACACGUACAAGGCGAUGGAGAACCUCGUGGACAAAGGUCUCACUAGAAGCAUUGGCAUCUCUAACUUCAAUAAGAAACAAAUAGAUCGGGUUAUGGAAGCUGCUAGAAUCAAGCCUGCUGUCAACCAGAUCGAAGUACACCCAUACUUAAACCAAAGCAAACUGUUCGAACACUGCAAGUCCCAUGGUAUAGCUGUUACAGCCUACUCUCCAUUGGGCUCCCCAGACAGGCCCUGGGCCAAGCCGGGAGACCCGACGCUAAUGGAGGACCAGAGAUUGAAGUCCAUCGCCGAGAGAUACAGUAAGACUGUACCGCAGAUACUUAUCAGAUAUGCCAUAGACAGGUCCAUGAUCGUGAUUCCUAAGUCAGUGACUAAGAGCCGUAUCCAGCAGAACUUCGACGUGUUCAACUUCCAGCUCUCGCCUGAAGACCUGGAGCUGAUCGGGAGCCUGGAAUGCAACGGGAGGCUGUGUAUGAUGGGAGACGACCAUCAUCCAGAUUACCCAUUCCACGAUGAAUACUAAUUCGGUGCAAGUUAUUGGAGAUUUUGUUUAAUUAUUUGCGAUGUUAAUUUCGUCAGGCAUUUUGUUAAAAUAGUUAAUACUUAAAUAUAGGUAAUUAUUUCUAGAAAAAUACAAAAAAAAACCACAGAACUGUAAUAGGCGGAAACAAUUUUUAAGGCAUUUAACAUUGUGUUGAUGCAGUAUAAUGAACGAAUAUAACAGAAAAUCUAUGUUUUGUCUUUGGUUGUAAUAAUGUAGUUUUCGUGUGAGCUUACGCACCAUAUUUUCUCUUUUUUUGAAAAUUUCUUAUUUCACAUGCACUCUUUCACGAGCAAUGAGCACAAUAUUUGGAAUAAACCA